AUGGAUACGCUUCAUCUACGCAACCGAUUGACCACGAAAUUGCCGUAUCUGCAUCAUCAUCUGAUGAAUAAAGAGGAGAUUAGGUAUCAGAGACGUAUUCAAGUGCUUCGUGCGAGGUGGCCAUUUAAUAAAGGCAAGGUAAAAGUCUCGAGACUGUACAAUAGCGAGGAGAAAUGUUUCGAGAUGCAAUCGAUCGAGGGAGCAGCUAAAAUUCAAUUGCAUGCGAGUGGAAAGUUAGUGGAACUGUAUUAUUUGACGGAAGUAAAGGUAUCAGACAGUGACUUAGAGAACGAGAGCAGUCACGCACACUAUGCAACAAUGCAUCAGUCGUUUGCGGUUCAUCAGACACAGGAGAGCUUUGACUUUCCAGUGAACUUUUUGCUGGCAGCAAAAGCAGUAUGGGAUACGGAUCAUGAAGCUGAGAUCGAGUAUCCACAAAUAGAUGAGAAGAAAGAUUCAUGCAAAAGAGUAACGUCGCUACCACGAAAUGGUGCUUUUGCUGCACAUCCAGCCUUUUCGGUCAUUGUUGCAAGUAGUGAUGGAGCUCCGAUGUCUGGUCAUGAAGAACAUUGUCUGACGCUAGCGGAGAUAUUGCGAGUUGCUACGCUUCCAUCUAAGAUGUUGUACCGUCGUGUUGUGGCAGAGGUGAGUGGAGAAGAUACAACGUUGUUUGUGUCUUGCAGACCAAGUAAGUUUCUGCCAGAAAUUGUGGUCCAAGUAGACUGUGAACAUUCCUUGUUGACAGGAUGCGAUGGCUUUUUCACAUGGUAUAAUGACGUUGGACGACCUGAACACCGGUUUACGCGCGAAACAAUCCCACCUUCAUCUGCCAUUGAUGCAAAGCAUACUCUAUCGUUUUGCCGACACAUAGACUACGUGCUUCAAGCAUUUAAGUAUGCUUUCCAAGCAUUGAACCACAAUGUUUCGCCAUCGUCUUCAACGCAGCCAAACGACCUUCAGCUGGUUGAGGAGGUGAACAAUGAGCUCGGACGCUUCCGUGCAUUCCGUGGUGGUCGUAUCCGCGUAGUUUUUGCGGAUCGUACUAUCCUUCAAGUCGAACGCGAUGGCGAGUGCUGCUCUUUUUUCUUUAAUGACGGCAGGGUACAUCAGACAACGUUGGCAUCAGCGCCACUUCGACAUCGCGCCUACAUUUACCAAGCAUUGGAGUUCGGCGACUGGGCUUUUUCGUCGCAUGAGGAGCGGAUAAAACGCCACGUGAAGCGGCACGAAGCUCAGACAAUUGUUGCACAAGAGCUUCAGCGGAUAAGCGUGCGCUGUGGGAUGAAUCGAGAUCCAAAGACCUUUCACAGUUGUAGUAAGGACGCGGCACAGAAGAAGACGGCAAAUCACCUCACAGAAAGCAAGACGGCAGAUCGCCUAAUAGAAAGCCAAGUACCAACAGCAAAACUGUCGCUAGCUGCAGUGCGAAAGCUCCAGGAAGCUACACUGCAGCAUAUCGUCACCGUUGACCGUGCUCUACACGCUGCUGCAUCCGUGGCAGCCGAUAAAUAA